GUUUUAAUAGCCAAAGUAAUAAAAAAAUUAGUCACUGUAGAUUGUCCAUCACACAAUGUUAUGAAAUAGAAAAUCACGACUAUUUUAAGAAUUCCUGGUAUAAUUUAUAUCUUAUUACGUAUACAGAAUAAAUGUUGUUAUACACUAAAUAAUAGUGGUUUACUUCUACGUAUGUAGUGCACUACAUUUUUGUAGCGACUAUUCAAUGUAAAUAUAACCUCACACGAUAAACUGUAAACAAUUUUAGUUGAAUCCUUCAACCACUUUAUAAAGUUAUUUAUUUCUAAUAUUGUAAAUACAGUUUUUAAACAAUGAAUUUGCCACGCUUAUUGAUUGUAAGCACAGUAAAAGGAAAAGUUAACGAAAUUGCCAUAAAUAUAGGAGGAGAGAAACUAUCAAACCAAGAUUAUUUUGAAUAUUACCUAUGGAAUAUUCAAAACAAAUAUUACAAAACGCAGGUCUUAAUCUGUGUUACGGAAAAUCCUUCUCCAGAUAUUUCAAUUGAUGGUAUAGAAGCUCUUAUUGUACAUCAUGAUCCGCAGGCAGAAGAUGCAGAAGAAAAUUUAAAACAAUGGAUGCCUAUAAUUACUUCUUUAGCAGAGGCAGAAGUACUGCUCUUUUCUUGCAAUUUUAUAACAGAUGUUCUUAUAAGAGAUAAAGUAAUAAAAUGGUGUCUACAAAGAAAAUUUGAAUUGAUUGAAUUAAACAAACCGGAUACGGAUGCCUCAGAAUCUGACGUAGAGCAUAAUAAAUAUGGAAUUGACAGGAUGAUUGAAGCUUUACAUGCUCAUAUGUGGCCUAAUAUGAUAAUGAAAGGAAAACCAUCAAACACUGAGGAACACAGACCCGACUUGAACAAAGUUGAAGAACAAUUUGAAAAUAUUAAAUUAACUCGAGAUUCCACAGAAAGAUUACCAAUGGAAAACAUGCUAGAUGGUAUUAUGGGAGAAGAAAAUACAGAUUUUGGUGAAUUGUUUAGUCAGUUAAUGGCUAUGAAGGAACACGCAGCAUCACUGCCAACAAAUCAGAGGCGAAUAGCAGCAGAACAAUUAGUUACUGCCUUUUGGAAAGCAAUGGGUGGCGAUCCUUCGGAAACGGAAUUAGAUUAAUUUUUGCAUUAAUUGUGUAAUGCACAUAGGUGUCCGAAAUUCAUAAAUACUUUAUAUAGACUCUGUUUUGAUAUAUCAGUUCGAAAUGAGACAAACAAGAAAACCAAUCAUUAUUACAAUUACUGAAACUACAAUAACGAAUAUAAAAAUCAUAAGACUAUAAUAAAUCUAAGAGCAUAGCGUGAAAACAGUAUAUAAUGUUACAAAUAUAUACUUAAACUUUAGACGAAUAUCAUAUAUGCUACACUUUCUUGAAUAGACAAUAUUAUAAAAUCACUUA